AUGGACAAAAUUGAAUUGCAUGCACAUUUUAGUGGCUGCAUCCGUUUUACAACUCUUUAAGAGCUUACAAUAAGAUAAUUUGGAUAGGAUCAUGAAAUAAAUUUUAAAAAAUGUACCACUUUAGAAUAAUGUUUUAUUUUGUUUGCCAAAAUAAAUUCAUUGAAUUUAAAGUUAGAUGAUAUCCGAAGAAUAGCAGAUGAAAUAUUUUAAGAUUUUUAUAAUGAUGGUGUCACUUAUUUAGAAAUCAGAGCAACACCUAAGAAAGGUUAAGAUUUUGAUUAAUUGCAAUAUUUAAAUGCAAUAUCAGAUUCAAUAAAUAAAGCAAAAUUCAAUAUAAAAUUAAUUGUUGCAAUUGAUAGAGCGAAAAGUAUAGAAGAAGCAGAAAAAACAUAUAAAUUAAUUAAAAAAAAUAAAAUACAACAUUUAGUUGGAGUAGAUUUGUGUGGUCAUCCUGGAGUAGGUCAUUUUUUAUAGUUCAAACCAAUUUUACAAAAAUUUAGGGAUUUAGGAUAUAAAAUAACUGUUCAUACUGGAGAAUUAAAACAAUAGAUAGAAGAAAAUAAUGAUGUUAUUGAUUUUAAACCAGAUAGAAUAGGACAUUUCAUUUAUUAUACAGAAGAAUAACUUAAUAAUAUAAAGAAUCUGAAUAUCCCUAUAGAAGUAUGCUUCUCAUCCAAUCUAUUUACAACCAAUAUGUAACCUAAUUGUCAUCCAGUCAAAGAUUUUAUAAGUAAAGGAAUUCCUAUAGCUAUAUGUACUGAUGAUACAUUAUGUUUUAAUACAACAAUUACAAAAGAGAUUUAACUGAUUUAAAAGACAUUCGAAUACUCAAAUGAAUUUAUGUCUUAAAUUCUUAAGGAAAGCUUAAAUUACAAAUUUAAAUAAGAGUGA